UAUGCGGAGCUCGGCGUGGAGCAGUACUGCCCUCCGUCGGAGCUCAAGGACGCGUACAAGAAGGCCUCGCUCCGGCUACAUCCCGACAAGAUGGUCUCUCGGCCGGCGCAAGAGCGACUCGAGGCCGAGUCCGAGCUGCACCGCAUCAAGGACGCCUUUGCGGUACUCUCGGAGCCGGCGACGCGACAGGCGUACGAC